CCGGCCGUCCCCGACAGCUCCGGGAGAGCCAGGCGCGACCGCGGCACCCUCGCACCCGGACACCCACGCGCCGCCCCACAGCCCGCGAGCCGGCCUUGCCGCGAAGGAUGAACCAGCACCUGCCAAAUUUUUGAGACAGCUCACGGCUUAGAGGAAGGCUCAUCUAAAUAAAGGCCAGCUAAAGUGACAUUGCAGGGAUUUAAUCCUUCUCUGGCUGCCCGUGUGACCAGAAGGCUGAUUUGCAAGUUUCUUCUUUCCUGGGGUCCAGAUUAUUAGGUCUCCAGGGCUCUGCAGCUUGACAGCAAGAGAAGCAAAAAAUGAAGGUCAGAGAAAAGCACCGGAGACAGGGCCUCGGGGGCCUCCGAGGGGCUUUUACACGCCGGAGUGCAGGAUCCCCCAGCCAUCAAGGGAAAUAGCACACUGGAGCCUUUAUCCCGGGGCACAGCCACCUCCCGCAGAGCAUCAGGCUGCACGUCGUUGGGCCACAGAGUUCCUGGGAUCCCAUCAGGGACCUGGCUACGGUGACUGGAUGUGUGCCUCAUCGUGCAGUUCGAGCCGCAAGUUCAACGUGAGGGAAGGCGGAAAAUGUCCCGAGUGAGCCGGGCGGCUUUGGCUUUCGGCCGGGCCGGGCCGCGCGCCUGUCGCUGAGGCCCGGGAGGCUGCUCGGCAGCGUCCGCCCGGCCGUCCCCGGCUCGCGCCCCGCACCCCCCGGGCCUCCCGCGGCCCUUGGCGACCUGCCCUCGACCUGCGGCUCUCGGCUGAGAUGGAGACGUGAGCCCGCGGGGGACGAUGACUGCAGUGUGCGCGAAUGGAGGCGGCCUGGUGACCCCCCACUACGCCAGGUGGGAUCGGCGCGACAGCGUAGAAAGUGGCUGUCAGACGGAGUGCGGCAGGGAGGGUGAGGAGGGACGGCCCCAGCUGCUGACGCCCUUUGAGAAGCUGACCCGGGACAUGUCCCACGAUGAGAAGGUGGUGAGGGAGAUCACACUGGGAAAACGGAUAGGUUUCUACCGAAUUCGAGGGGAAAUCGGAAGCGGAAACUUUUCCCAAGUCAAGCUCGGAAUUCAUUCCCUAACCAAAGAAAAGGUGGCCAUUAAGAUCCUGGACAAGACCAAGUUAGACCAGAAAACCCAAAGGCUACUAUCCCGUGAAAUCUCCAGCAUGGAAAAACUGCACCAUCCCAACAUCAUCCGCCUUUAUGAAGUCGUGGAGACCUUAUCCAAGCUCCAUUUGGUGAUGGAGUAUGCGGGGGGUGGGGAGCUCUUUGGGAAAAUUAACACUGAAGGGAAGCUCUCUGAACCAGAAAGCAAGCUCAUCUUCUCCCAGAUCGUGUCUGCCGUGAAGCACAUGCAUGAAAACCAAAUUAUUCAUAGGGACCUGAAAGCAGAAAAUGUAUUCUAUACCAGUAGUACUUGUGUAAAGGUGGGUGAUUUUGGAUUCAGCACAGUAAGUAAAAAAGGUGAAAUGUUGAACACUUUUUGUGGGUCUCCUCCCUAUGCGGCCCCUGAACUCUUCCGAGACGAGCACUACAUCGGCAUUUAUGUGGACAUCUGGGCCUUGGGGGUGCUUUUGUACUUCAUGGUGACAGGCACCAUGCCAUUUCGGGCAGAAACUGUGGCCAAACUGAAGAAGAGCAUCCUCGAGGGCACAUACAAUGUGCCUUCGCAUGUGUCGGAGCCCUGCCACCGGCUCAUCCGAGGAGUCCUUCAGCCGACCCCCACGGAGAGGCACGGGAUCGAUUACAUCAUGAAGGAUGAAUGGAUGCAGGGGGUCCCAUACCCCACCCCUUUGGAACCUUUCCACCUGGAUCCUAAACAUUUGUCAGAAACCAGCACCCUCAAAGAAGAAGAAAGUGAAGUCAAAAGCACUUUAGAACAUUUGGGUAUUACAGAAGAGCACAUCCGCAAUAACCAAGGGAGAGAUGCUCGUAGCUCAAUCACAGGCAUCUACAGAAUUGUUUUACAUAGAGUUCAAAGGAAAAAGGCUUUAGAAAGUGUCCCGGUGAUGAUGCUACCAGACCCUAAAGAAAGAGACCUAAAGAAAGGGUCCCGUGUCUACAGAGGCAUAAGACACACGUCUAAAUUUUGCUCAAUUUUAUAAAUUAGACUGCUGGUAAUUAACCAAGAUCAUUAUUGCUUUUAAAUUUUUUCAUGGACAACUUGGAUGGAGACAUUUUUGUAAUUUUUAAAUAAAUUUAAAUUUGAGAUAUG